AUGGCGCAACUCGUGCGUUCAACCGCGAAUGUCAAUGAGACAAAGAUAAACCUGAAGGGAAUUGAACUGGGCAACGUGCAGCUCUCACAGAAGCUGCAAUGGCCUGGGUUCUACCCGACGGGAUGUCUAGGGCCCAAUUCCGUCUACAACGACAGUCUUUGCUCCAUUAUCGAGGCGCAUAUGCCGCAAUGCGAGAGCAUGCUGCAGGUUUGCACUGACAUGGAUAACGAUGCCGACGUCUGUAAUAAUGUGCUAGACUAUUGCAGGAAGCGAAGCGUCUACUUCAUCUUCGACGAGCACCUGAGCCCUUACGAUUUCCGCAAGCCUUGCCCUGACGGGGGGCUAUGCUACGAAGAGGCCGACUGGAUCGCGCAAUAUCUCAACUCUUCCUCGGUAAAACGGGAGCUUGGGGUGUCCGAAGAUACCACAUUUAACAUCAUUGACUAUGAGCUGGGACAACAUUUUGACAAGUCAGGAGAUGUUUCUUUUGACACCGUCGCCUGGGCCGGAGAGCUGCUAGAUCAGGAAUACAAGGUGCUUGUCUACGCUGGCAACAAAGAUUGGUUCUGCAACUCAGCGGGAGAAAAGAAUCUAGUUCACAACAUUCGUUGGCGUCACCAGCCCGCUUUCCAAGCACAGGACUUUCAAUCAUACACUUUGAAUGGCGAAAGAAUAGGCUCGUUCAAAGAAAAGAAUGGCCUCAGCUUCGCAGAAAUUCUCGAUGCGGGACAUAUGGUGCCAGCUGACAAGCCGAAGGAGUCACUUUUCUUGAUACAAUCUUGGAUGAAAGGGGAGUUAAACUCUACGUGA